AUGGAGGUCCCGGAUGCUCAAGGUACAAGACCUCAUAUUGGACCAAUCUCCUAUUUGAUGACUCACACAUCCGCUUCUAUAACACGUAGUAUGGACGGAAUGUUUAUGGAAUUUGGUCCAUUCUCCGUUAAUGCUAGUAAAGUGUUGGAAAUCAAUCAAAACAGUUGGGGAAGAAACGCUCAUUUGCUGUUUGUUGAUCAGCCUGCUGGAACAGGUUUUAGCACUGCCGAUCAAUAUGAUUUGACUCAAGAUUCGGCAACAAAACGGUUUAUGGUGUUUUUGGAAAACUUUUAUAGCAUCUUUCCUGAAUUCAAAAGGAGCGAGCUCUAUAUUGGAGGAGAAAGUUACGCCGGCAUAUACGUCCCGUACCUAGCUAACGAAAUACUCAAGAGACGAGAAGCUGCUACACUGAUUCCACCAGAGCUAGAUUUAAAGGGAAUAAUAGUUGGAAAUGGGUGGAUUGAUCCAUUACCACAAUAUCUAUCUUAUUAUGAUUUCGCAACCAAGAAUGGGAUACUUGGUGGCGAAUAUGCUAAAUAUGCUAGAGCAGAUAUAGAAAACUGUAAACGAGCCUUCUCGAAAGGCGGCCCGAAGAUCCAUUAUGAUACCUGUGAUAUGAUUAUGGAACGGGUGUUAUUGCAAUCUAGAGCAGGGAAUCGACCUUGCAUCAACAUGUAUGAUAUUCGAUCAAAGGAUUCUAAACCGAAUGGCGAUUGCGGGUUGAGUGAAUGGCCUAAGUCGUUGCCGUAUGUUACUGAAUAUCUUGGGAGAGCGGACGUUUUAACUGCUAUCCAUACGACGAAAAAGACGAAAUGGACUGAAUGUGAUGAUAAAGUUGGAAGCUCUUUACGUUCUGAUCCAAGUUUGCCGUCAUCUGUUUUACUACCAUACCUAACUUCCAAAAUCCAAGUCCUUCUAUUCAGUGGAGACCAAGACCUCAUAUGUAAUCACAUGGGCACUGAACUCUUUCUAUCAAACCUAACAUGGAAUGGCGCCACCGGCAUGUCGAAUGCCACGACAUAUAGCUACCUGAUUGAUGAUGUGAAUAUAGGGUCGUGGCAAUCGAGUAGGAAUAUGUCGUAUGUGUUAAUAUAUGGGGCAUCGCAUAUGCCGGCUGUGGAUGUGCCUGUGGCGGUCUGGGAUAUGCUGAAUCGGUUUAUUGGGGUUGUUGAUACGAGUAGGGGGACGUCUUUGCUUCUUGAUCCUUCAGGAUCACCUUCUCCUAUACCGUCAUCGGCUCCUCAGAAGGGGCCUCAAGUGUAUUAUGGAUGGGUUGGAAUCGUAAUUGCCAUCUUAAUAAUGUCACUAUUUGCAUCAGUCCUGAUACUAGUCUACAUUCGAGCACGCAGAAGGCGAGGAGCCAAGGAUACUAGAAGAGGAGAAGACUGGCACGAGUUACGAGGUGCCGAAGACGAUGAGGAAGAAGAAAUGUUUGAUGCAGAUCGGUAUUUAGAUGAUGAUAACAGCGCUGGACGUAAAGGGAAUGGCGGUGGUGUAGCGAGGUUUGAGAUUGAUUCCGAUUAG